ACGUUCUUUUCAAUUCAUGCUUCUUUGACCUUUUCUUUAAUAACAACACUGAUUGGACCUAGUUUUACUUUGCAUUAAGCUCAUGUGAAGUCCAUGAAAUCGGCCUCUUUUCGUGUGAUGUGUGACUGAGACGAGCCAAAUGAAGGUAUGCUAUAAGCUUUCUUCGUUGAUGCACAGUCACACAUCCAUGUUCCUUGCUACAAACUUGUUAUCAACCACCCCAGAGAACCAACUGCCAUACUACCUUCUCACUAAGUGCAUUGCUCUGUUGCAAUCCUGUGCUUCUUCCAAGCACAAACUAAGGCAAAUUCAUGCAUUUUCCAUUAGGCAUGGUGUUUCACUCCACAACCCUGACAUGGCCAAGCAUCUUAUCUUCACCAUUGUGUCCCUUUCUGCUCCCAUGUCCUAUGCUUACAACGUAUUCACCAUGAUACAUAACCCCAACGUCUUCACGUGGAACACCAUGAUCAGGGGCUAUGCUGAAAGUCAAAACCCGAGCCCUGCACUUCAUUUGUAUCGCCAAAUGAUAGUGUCUUGUGUUGAACCUGACACUCAUACUUACCCUUUUCUUUUGAAAGCUAUUUCCAAGUCAUUGAAUGUUAGAGAGGGAGAAGCAAUACAUUCAGUCACGAUAAGAAACGGGUUUCAGUCGUUGCUUUUUGUUCAGAACAGUUUGCUUCAUAUAUAUGCUGCUUGUGGUUGCACUGAGAGUGCGUACAAGGUGUUUGAGUUAAUGAAGGAAAGAGAUCUCGUGGCUUGGAAUUCUGUGAUUAAUGGGUUUGCUCUUAAUGGAAGGCCCAAUGAAGCUUUGACUCUCUUUAGGGAGAUGAGUGUGGAGGGCCUGGAGCCCGACGGGUUCACUGUGGUUAGCUUGUUAUCUGCUUGUGCUGAGCUUGGUGCUCUUGAACUAGGACGUAGGGUUCAUGUGUACCUGUUGAAGGUCGGGUUGAGGGAGAACUCGUAUGUUACUAAUUCAUUGUUGGAUCUGUAUGCAAAGUGCGGGACUAUCAGGGAGGCUCAACAAGUGUUCAGUGAGAUGAAUGAAAGGAAUGCAGUUUCUUGGACGUCAUUGAUUGUUGGCUUGGCUGUUAACGGGUUUGGUGAGGAAGCACUUGAGCUUUUCAAAGAGAUGGAGGGACAAGGAUUAGUGCCUACUGAGAUCACUUUUGUUGGUGUCUUGUAUGCUUGCAGCCAUUGUGGGAUGUUGGAUGAAGGGUUCAAUUACUUUAGAAGAAUGAAAGAGGAAUAUGGUAUCAUGCCUAGGAUAGAACACUAUGGUUGCGUGGUGGAUCUGUUGAGUAGAGCGGGUUUAGUGAAACAAGCAUACGAGUACAUUCAGAACAUGCCAGUGCAGCCAAAUGCAGUUAUUUGGAGGACCUUAUUAGCGGCAUGUACUAAACAUGGAUAUUUGGAUCUAGGAGAGAUAGCAAGAUCUCACAUAUUGAAGUUAGAGCCUAAACAUAGCGGGGACUAUGUGCUGCUUUCAAAUCUUUAUGCCUCCGAACGUCGUUGGACUGAUGUGCAAGUUGUAAGGAGGUCCAUGUUAAAGGAUGGUGUUAAGAAAACACCUGGUUAUAGUUUAGUUGAGUUGGGUAACCGUGUUUAUGAAUUUACUAUGGGUGAUAGAUCUCAUCCACAAAGUCGGGAUGUAUAUGCGCUGCUAGAGAAGAUUACAGAAUUGUUGAAGCUAGAAGGUUAUGUUCCUCUUACUGCAAAUGUGCUUGCAGACAUAGAGGAAGAGGAGAAGGAACAAGCUUUGUCUUAUCACAGUGAAAAAGUUGCUAUUGCUUUUAUGCUCUUAAAUACAGCGCCGGGGAUCCCAAUCAGGGUUGUGAAGAAUUUAAGAGUUUGUGCAGAUUGUCAUUUGGCCAUCAAACUCAUAUCGAAGAUUUAUGAUAGAGAGAUAGUUAUCAGGGAUGGCAGUAGAUUUCACCAUUUUAAAGGGGGUGCAUGUUCCUGUAAAGAUUACUGGUAAUAAUAAUAAAUUGUGAUUCAUCGUUUCAAUUGCGUGGAUUUAUGUAAUAGGUU